GCCAAUCAGCGGCCGCCUCUUGCGCGCGCCCCACCGACCAAAAUGGCGGCUGCCGGUGGUGCAGAGUGCGGUUUGUAGUGCUGUUGCCCCACUCAUCCCUUUGCAAAAUGUGAAAGAAGAAGCGGCCGGUGGAGGCGGGCCAUAGGCAAUGAGUCGGCGAAGGAAACAUGAUGACAGCCCUAGCCCGAAGAAAACUCCGCACAAAACAGCGGCGGCUGAGGAAUGCGGCUCGGUGGUCGAGCCAGGGAGGAGGCGGCUGAGGUCGGCCCGCGGUUCGUGGCCCUGCGGGGCUAGAGAGGGGCCUCCCGGGCCAGUGCGGCAGCGAGAGCAGCCUCCGGCCGCCGCCUUGUGCAGUAAAAGUAACCCCGAGGAAAGGUAUGAAACACCAAAGAGAGCACUGAAAAUGGACUUACUGUCAUCUUCCUUCAGUUCUCCUAAUGAUCCAGAUGGACAGAAUGAUAUCUUUUGGGAUCAGAAUUCUCCAUUGACAAAGCAGUUAGGUAAAGGAAGAAAAAAACAGAUUUACACCACAGAUAGUGAUGAGAUUUCACAUAUUGUUAAUCGUAUUGCUCCUCAGGAUGAAAAACCAACAACAAAUUCUAUGCUGGACAUGUGGAUUGGUGAAACUGCUAUUCCUUGUACUCCCAGUGUAGCAAAAGGAAAAUCAAGAGCAAAAAUCAGCUGCACAAAGUUAAAAACACAAAAUCAAGAAGAAGAACUUAUGAAACUGGCUAAACAAUUUGAUAAAAAUAUGGAAGAGCUAGAUGUGAUUCAAGAGCAAAACAAGAGGAAUUAUGAUUUUACCCAGACGAUUUCAGAAACACAGAUUUUAAGUAAUUAUAAAGAUAAUAUACAGAUGCGGUCAUUACAUAAUAUAGUUCCCGAAAUAGAUAAUGCUACAAAAAAGAAGCCAAUCAAAGGAAACACCAAGAUAUCUGUGGCAAAUAAUCAAAAUAGCAGUCAGAAGCCAUUUGACCAAACUGCUGAAGCAGCCUUUAAUGCUAUUUUUGAUGGUUCUACUCAGAAGUGUAGCGGACAGUUAAGCCAAGAACUGCCAGAGGCUUUUUGGAGCACCAAUAAUACUACCUUUGUAAAGACAAAUGCUUUGAAAGAGGGGAAAAUCAUUACUAAUGAAACUCUGGUCGUUGAAAAACUGUCAAAUAAAACCCCACGAUCACUUUCUUCUCAAGUAGAUACACCCAUAAUGACAAAAUCAUGUGUGACUUCCUGUACUAAGGAGCCAGAAACUUCUAAUAAGUACAUUGAUGCAUUUACUACCAGUGAUUUUGAGGAUGAUUGGGAAAACUUACUAAGUAAUGAACCUUUUGCUAUGCAAAAUACCGACAUGCCUGAACUCUUCCCUUCUAAAACAGCCCAUGUUACUGAUCAAAAGGAAAUUUUUACCUUUAAUAGUAAAACUGUUAAAAAUACGUCAAGCGCAAAUACAAGUCCAGAUGCCAGGUUAGGAGAUUCAAAAGUAUUACAAGAUCUUUCUUCAAAGACAUAUGACAGAGAAUUAAUAGAUGCAGAAUAUAGAUUUUCACCAAAUCCAAAUAAAUCAAACAAAUUAUCAUCCACUGGAAAUAAAAUGAAAUUUGAGAACUCUUCCAAUAAAAUUGUUAUUCAAGACAAAAUUCAAGAUUGCAUAGUUACAUCUAAUCUGACAAAAAUAAAGGAAGAUACUCUUACUAAAUCUACUGUAUAUGCUUCUGAAAGGAAGUCAGCUUUGAACACAAGAUAUUCUAAUGAACAGAAAAAUAAGUGCAUUUUAAAUCAGUCUAUUAAAGCCCCUGUUAAUACGGAUCUUUUUGGCUCUGCAAAUCUAGGCAGUGAAACCAGCGUUAGUAACCCAAAUCAGACUAGUGCAUCAAAAGUAGGUUCUUUCUUUGAUGAUUGGAAUGAUCCCUCAUUUGCCAAUGAAAUUAUUAAAGCAUGUCAUCAAUUAGAUAAUACCUGGGAAGCAGAUGAUGUAGAUGAUGAUUUGUUGUACCAAGCAUGUGAUGAUAUUGAAAGACUAACUCAGCAACAAGACAUUAGAAAGGACAGUAAGACAUCAGAAAGUAUAUGUGAGAUCAAUAAUAAUUCCGAACAUGGAGCCAAAAACAUGUUUACUAUAUCUAAACAAGGAAGUAAUUUGGCACAAUCAAAGCAUUUGAAUCCAGGCAGCAUUUCAGUGCAGACAUCUUUGACAAAUAGCUCACAAAUAGAUAAGCCAAUGAAGAUGGAGAAAGGGGAAAUGCAUGGAAAUUCUCCAAGAUUUUUAGGUGCCACAAAUUUGACUAUGUAUUCUAAGAUCUCAAAUUGUCAGAUAAAUAAUCUGCAUGUGUCUUAUACUAACACUGAUGUUCCAAUACAAGUGAAUAGUUCCAAAUUGGUUCUUUCAGGAAGUUCAAGUUUGAAUGUAACUUCAGAUCAUAUGAAUACAGAAAUUGCCACUUCUAAGAAGAAAUUGAGUACUAAGCAGCUAUGCCAUAAGACUAUAACAGAUGAAGCUCAGAGCAACCUUAACAAAACGGUUGGAUUUUCAAAGUUUACAUUUACAAGGAUGAAAAAUUCUCAGAUUAAUCAAAAUUGUAUCACUGGAAGUAUGUCUGAUACCAAAAUUACACAGGGUGUGGAGAAAAAGAAAAGUGUCAACCCAUUACUGGAGGAAGCUGUUGGAAAGCAAUCUUUGGUGAAACUUUCUGAAUCUUUGAAACAAUCUUCAAAAGGAAAAAAAAAAAAAUUACUGACCCUUGCACUAUAAGAUCAAGAUUAAGAAGAGCAGCUUUUGCGUAGUACUUUACAAUAUUUUAAGACUUCAUUGUGUAUUUUUAUUAUAGAUUGAGUUAAAGGAAAGACUGAAGGGAAAAAUGGAUGAGUCCCUAAAUCAAAUUUUCAUGGUGUGACCUGAUUAUCAUUUGAAAUUAUUUUCUAUAAUAUUGCCAAGCAAAUUGUAAGACCAGCUUUAGGAAGUUAUAUUUUCUGCUGUUGUAGAUUAUUAACCUGUUUUCUUUCCACACAGUCAAAUUCAGUGUAAAGUUUUUGUAUGUGUAGUCUGAGUUUGUUGUGUUUCUCAGCUUUGAGACUAAAGUAUUAGAUAAUUAGUCAAGCUAAUUAGAAAGUAUCUUCUGGUGUCUCUCUUUAGGAAAAAAUAGCUACAAUCUGUUAGGUAAAUAGCUUAGGAAAUAAAAGCCAUCAAAAUCAUCUGGGAAACUUGUUUAAAAUAUGUAUUUCUUAGCCUGAAUACCCCGUCCCAUUUCUGAUUAUACCAAGAAAGGAAAGGGAGGCAGAUUAUGUAUUUUGGAAAAUGCCUCUGUUAGUUAACAAGAGAAAUGUCUCAUAAAUUGUGAAUCUUUUUCUAGAUGUCAGAAUAAAUGAUAUUUCUCUUCUGUCAAUAUUACAGAUUCUUCUUAAAAAGCGUAUUUUACAACAUAAAUCGGUUUUACUGGUAAAAGUUUACUUAAAUAUGUAUUAGGGUGAUAAUCUUAAACUUAAAGUUUUAUCAUUUAAAUGAGAUAGUGAUUUCUAAUACAAAGCUUCAACUAAGUUGAGAUUAUUUUACAGUUUCUCCAAAAUGCAUCCUCCAAAUAAAAAUAUAAUUUCUGACAGUGAAUCACAGGUAACCAGUUUGACAUGAGAGAUUUUUUAUCACUCUAAAAUAUAUUUCCUCAGUGGAUGAAAACUUUAUAGCUCUAUAGGGAAAAGUAGAUGUGAAUAUUAAUAUAACGUCUUAUGUAAAUAUACACUGAGAUUGAUAGCUAAUUUAAUUCCUUGUAUUUUGACUUUUCCUAUUAAAAUUUACAUAACAUUUUAAAUCCCAAUGUAUACUUUUUAAAGAUAUAUUUAUUCAUAGGUCAUAUAAAUUAGAUGUCAUUGUCCACAAGAAUUAUUUGGUGGGUAGUCAGUUUUCUAUCAAAUUGAAUUUUAUCACACUGUGAAAAUAAUGUAUCAAAUAGAGACAGAUCCAUCAGUGGAUCUGUCUUUUGAACUGGAGCAUUAUAUCUGUAUUAUGUACUUAGAAUUUUAUAUUUAGUAGUUUAGUUUGAUUUAAUAGCCAACUAAUACGGCAAAUCUGGGUGAUAAAAAAAGCAAAACUUAAAGCACAUAUUGAAUGACUUUAUAGGCUAUAAAACUCUUUCGCUGAAUUUUUAGAGGAAGAAGAGAAAAAUAGAAAGUGUUCUCCGGAAGAAAUUCAGAGAAAAAGACAAGAAGCGCUGGUUCGGAGAAUGGCUAAAGCACGAGCCUCAUCUGUAAAUGCAGCUCCCACUUCAUUUCUUUAAUGAAAUAUUAGUUGGAAGACUUCACAAAGACUGCUGAUAACUAUCUGUGAUAGGAAAUUUUUUUUUCUGGAUUUCUCUGUGAGAAAUGUAAUGCUGACUUUUAUAAAGCCUGGACUUCUACUUUAUUUAAUAAAUCAAUGUUUGCAGUGGUAAAUGAAACAUUUCCUUGGACAUGUAUUUGAAAGUCAUUAUAUACAAGUUUUGGAAAUUCAGGAAAGUUAGCAAUUAUGUACAGAUAUUAUACAGAGGAAAGUAGUUAUAUUUUUAAAUGCUAUUGUUGCAGAGGAUCAUCAAAAAAGAGGUAAUCUACGUUAUUUCCUAUUCUAAUGUCUUUUCCUAAUACAAAACUUCAACUUUCUAAGUUAGUAGACUAUUUUUGUAGUUUUACUUUCAUUAACUGUUGCUUAAGGUUUUCAUACACUUCCAGAUUUUAAUUAAUACUUUCAUAUUUCUAGAAACAUGGUUGAUGAUAUGAAAUAAAGGACUUCAUUUGUAAGGAAAUUAUGUUCAGUUCUUAGAAGUGGAUUUGGAUUUUAAUAAUUCUAAAAUGUGACACAUUUUGCAAACUUUCCAGCAUAUUUAGGAAAACUCUGAAUUUAGAAGUCUAACAUAGAAGAAAAGAAGUAGUGGAUUGUCUACAAAAGUAAUGUGGCAUCAUUAACAUUUAGAACUGGCAGAAACUUCAUAUGUCAUCUGGUCCAGCUUCCUUAUUGUAUCGGUGAGAAAAAGUAAUACUGUUUUCAAAGUCAUAGACAAGUUAAUGCUGUGCUACGAUUAGAAUGAUUUCUUUGGACACCUAAACAAUUACACCGUUUGCUUCAAAGUAUCAGUAUAUAAAAUAACUUGAGGGAAUAUUAUUUUCUAGUAUAAAACAAAAGAUGUAAUUAAAAGCACAAUAAGGACUGUUUGAUAAUAAUGCUUAUUGUUCGUUAUUUUGCUUUAAAGAAUUAGUCUUUCCAGGAUAUAAAAAUGAGAAUCUUUUUUCUUUUCAGUUUUUCUGUAACUGUGUAAUUUUCCCCUCAAUUAAUUUACUUACUUUACUCAUCUUUUCUUCUCUGUUACUGUUUUGUUUUUUCUUUUUUUGCCGUUUUGCCUAUUUGGAAUUUGCUAAACCAGUAAUAGAAGUCCAACUAGAGGGCAUAAGGCAGGGAGGAUGCUUUAUUCCUCUUAAAUGGUUUUAGAUCUAGGGAAAGUUAGAGAUAUGAAACACCUGUCAUGGUGUGGCAUUUAUCACUAUCAAGUGUCUCAAAGCUGUGAUAAUACGGUAGUUACUGCCCUAUAACUAUACAGAUACUCCUCAACUUACCGUGUAGUCACAUCCCAAUAAACCCAUCAUGAGUUGAAAAUACCUUAAGUUAAAAAUGCAUUUACUACACUUAAUCUACCCAACAACAUAGCUUAGCUUAGCCUACCUUAAACAUGCUCAAAUCACUUAUAUUAGCCUAGAGUUGGGCAAAUCAUCUGGCAACACGGUACACUAUAGAGUAUCAGUUGAGCUGAUGCGCAGCAUCAUGAGAAUGUUGUACCGCAUAUCUCUAGCCUGGGAAAGAAUCAGACUUUAAAGUAUGGUUUCUAUUGAACGCAUAUCACUUUUGCACCACCUUAGAGUUGAAAAAUUGUAAGUCAACCAUUUUAAGUUGGAGACUGUACAUUGAAAAUGGUAUUUUCAUAUAUACAGUGGAGUACUGGAGUUUAGCUAAUCAUCUAUCUUAAUUAUUUUUCUAGGAAUAUAUAAUAACCUAGAUAAAUGCAAGUAGUUUCUAUGUAAGAAAAUAAAGAGCUGAGAAUCUUUUACUAAAAGUGGCUUCACUGUGUUCUGACUAUGCUUUGGAUAUCUCUGUCCUUGCUUAAGCUCCUCCCUGCUUACUGCUUGCUUUUUUAAGAGUACUUUUAGCCUAUUCUGUUCAUUCAUUUAGACUCAGCCUAAUAAGUCUGUUUCUUUGAACCUCGUACCUAACCAUCUUCACUGGAAUUGAUUGCUUCUCUCUGAUCAUAAUGGUACUGAUUAUUGUGUCUUUCAUUGAGCAAUAUUAUAAUGCCUUUAUGUGUUGUUUAGUUGUAUAAAUCUUAUUUUAUAAUUUGUCA